AUGUCAAGAUCUAGAGUUAGGAAUAAUGCAUCUGCUAUUUGCCCAGAAAAGGAUUGUCUCCAGCCAGGUUUUCUGUGGCCAAAGGGUCUGUUCACUAGUAAUCAACUGUUUCUCCAGCCAUUUAUGCUGUUGUGCAAUCACUGCAUUUGUGAGAAGUGUAUGGUUAAAAGCUAAACCGAUGCUGAAAUAAUUGAAAAUUUUUAUGUCAUCAUUUGCCCAAGAUAUAGAAGAACAUGUUGCCUUCCCUACCCAAAUAAAAUUCAGCCUAGGGAAAAUGACCUCAGACCAAAAGUAGCCAAGAAAUACUUGUGCAGACAUGGAUUUCUGAGAUGGAGUUUUGAUGGUACUGAAAGACCAGUCUGCUGUGAAACUACAGGGAGAAGAGUAGAGCAGAAGGUGGCAACCAAAAGGUACAGAAUGUGUAAAAUUAAUUACUGUAAUUAAUGUACUAGAGAUCAUAUUUCCCCCAAAGCAUAUCAGGGAGAUCACAAACAGCUGUAUUGCUUUCUGCAUAGUAACUCAAACCUCUCUGAAUACUGUCUGUAUGGUCACAAACUGAUCUGUUGGGCCCAGAAACACUCACUGGGCAAGGAUCACAAGAGACUGCUGCGCUUUUUGAUACAGUUGCAUAUUUUGAAAAAGUUUAUAUUUAUCUGCUGCUGCUCACACUUCCCAUGCCUCCUCAGGAAAGAAACUUGA